AUAGUUUAUACAUAAAUAAUAAUAAUAUAAUAUUUCUAUAAUAUCUCUACAUGCAAUUCACAUUUAUAUGACACUUGAUCUUCUUAUUCGGGGUAUCAACUUUGAUGAUUUAAUAGGCAUUGACUAUUCUGGUUUUCGUAGUGUACAGUUGGUUUACGUUGGCUUCGGCUUGUCACUUGUCGCCAUCUUGAUGUUUCUUCCUGCUACAUGAAGGUGUUGUUGUUCGAAGUGGAUACUCGUCUGCGAAAUAAGUGUGUUGCCUGGUGUUUGUUUGCACAGUACGCCCUCAUGAAUCGUGAGAUUUCUGCCAUGCGGCGCUCCACGGGGUUCGAACUAGGAGAAUAUGUGGAAGUUCGAGAUAUUUUUAUAUCAGCCAGGUCAAGUAUUCUUUUCCAUGGUUUGCUACAAAAAUACGAUGCAUUAUCUGAUAGGAUGCGCUUAGGUUUUCCUACUUGCGGAGUCCACUUAUUCACUAUGCAAUUUGCUAGGACUUCCCUGUUAGCUUACCGAUGGGAAAGAACAUGGUGUAUUUAGAGAAUGUGCAUGUUAAUACGAAUAUAUAUUUCUUCCCAUGUUGUGCUAGGGGUAGAGGACCAUAAAUGUCGGCUGAUACUAACUCCAAUGGGGCGGUCGGCAAUAUAGGUAUCAUUGCUCCCCUGACUUGAUAUUUUAAAUGUUUGGUUUUCUGACAUAGGUCGCAUGCUCUUAACACUUUGACUACCUUUUUGUGCAUACCUUUCAGAUAACAGGCUUCUUUUAGUGUACAUAUCGUUUUUCUUACUCCAAAGUGGCCAAUUCUCUCAUGCGUUUCCUUAAUCACUUCUUCCGCUAUUUCCUUAGGUAUUACGAUUCUCCAAUUAUAACCUUGUGGUGUGGUGCGGUGAAAUAGGAAUCCACGGUAUCGCGUGUACUGUCGCAGGUAGUGGGGCGGUUCAGAUGGUCCUUCCUCCAGUAUUUCUAAAAUUUGGGAUAGCUUAGGGUCUUCUUUUUGCGCAUUCUGAAUCCUUCUGGGUGUUAGUGUAUUCUUGUAGACUUGAGGUUUGAUAUUCUCGGGAUAUGGUAUGCUUUCGUCCAUUUCCAUUGCGUAGCAUUUCAGGUUUGUGUCGUUACAGUAAGUGGCAUCUAAUUCUCGGGAUAGAAAAUCGGCUGUUUGAUUUUGCUUUCCUGGUAAGUGUGUGAGAUCGAGGUCAAAUUCUUGAAGAGCGAGAAACCAUCUUGACAGUCUGUUGUGGUUUAAUUUAGCUGUCUUAAAAAAUGUAAGAGCUUUAUGGUCGGUAUUGAUAUAAAUUUUAUUUCCCAACAGUAGCGUGCGGUAUUUUUUACAGACUUCUACUAUACUUAAUAAUUCCUU